ACGCGGCGCAGUCACUUCCUAUUGAUGUGAUCGGGCGCAGACUGCUGUAUCAUGUCCUCCUAGUUCGCCUCCUCCGCGCACCCCAGCUCUCAGCAUGUUCCCGCUCCGUGCGCGUCUCACGCGCCUGCUUUGCUUCGUGGCGGCGUUGGCGCCGGCGUGUGCGGCGGUUCGGUCCCGAUCCACGCAGGACGGGAGCAGCCCGUGGUACCGGGACCUCUGCAGUUAUAAAUGGGAGGCCAUAGACCAGGACCGUAAAGUGAGCUACACAUUCAGACUCUGUGACUCUUCGCCACCGACCCGCUGUGACGACACCACCGCCGUGUGUGCGGAGAAGCUCGGCACCAAAGCAAAGCAGCCCGUUGGUGAGCUGUCCCUGCUCACAGCGUCCGGCUCCAUGCUGGAAUACAACAGCACCGAGAGAUGUCCAGAAGCCAGUAACAACGUUCAGACCAGUAUCAGCUUCCAGUGUGGGACCACUAUGGGGACCCCAGAGUUUGUGACCUUGUCUCAGUGUGUGCAUUACUUUGAGUGGAGGACCUACGCUGCCUGCAAGAAAGACAUGUUCAAACCGCACACAGAGGUGCCCUGCUACGCGUUCGACUCGGACUGGAAGAAGCACGACCUGAACCCUCUGAUCAGACUCAAUGAUGGCUAUCUGGUGGAUGAUGGGGACGACAGCGUCGACUUCUACAUCAACAUCUGCCGCAGUCUCAACCGUCCAGACGCAUCGUGUUCAGAGGGCUCUGCAGCUUGUCUCGUUAUCGGUGAGGUCUCCUACAGUAUGGGCUCUCCGUCCAAACCGCUGGAGCUGCUGUCCAACGAUCGACUACGGCUACAGUAUGAACUCAGUGGUCAUACAGCUGUUCCAGACAUCUGCAGCGGCCACAAUCCUGCCGUCACCAUAACUUUCUUAUGUCCCUCAAGCCGACAUUCGGCCAGCGCUCCAAAGAUGACGGCAAAGUCCAACUGUCGCUACGAGGUGGAGUGGGCGACGGAAUACGCCUGUCACAGAGACUAUCUGGAGAGUCACAACUGCAAACUGACCAGCGAGCAGCACGACAUCUCCAUCGACCUGACGCCUCUCAUCCUGAGCUCCUCUGAGAGUCCGUACUUCGCAGACACUGAGAGCAGUGAUGGCGCUGACAGCUACACCUACUACCUGAACGUGUGUGGGCGGCUCACCACAAACGAAUGUGGCGAGGAACCCUUUAUAUCGUCCUGCCAGAUGAAAAGCAACAAGGAUGUGAAGAAAGUGGCUGGAAGAUAUCAGAACCAGACGCUACGUUACUCUGAUGGAGAUUUGACUCUGAUUUACCCAGAUGGAGACAAAUGCUCCAGCGGCUUCCAGAGGAUGACCAUCAUCCAAUUUGAGUGCAACAAGACCGCUACACAACAUGGAAGAGGGAGUCCUGUUUUUAAAGGCGAGACCGACUGCACCUACAACUUCGUGUGGGAGACGGCCUUCGCCUGUGUCAAGGAGAAGGAGGAUGUAUUGUGUCGCACCAGAGCUGGCAACAAACACUACGACCUGUCGCCUCUGACCAGAUACCCCGGGUCAGAUGUCAGUGAGAACUGGGGGGUGGUUGAUGCCAGAGCUUCAGGGACAAAAUCGCGUUUCUAUCUGAACGUGUGUCACAAAGUCAUUCCGAGCGGAGAUGCUGCUGGCUGCCCGGUGAACGCCUCCAUCUGUUCCGUGGAUAAGAAUAAUCGCUUUAUUAGCCUCGGCAGCUUCCUUUCAUCUCCUCAGACCACUAAAACAGGAAAUGACAUCAGACUGGUCUACACUGACGGAAGCUUUUGUGGUGAUGGAAAGAGGAGAAUCCAAACCAUCCUGACCCUCAAGUGCAAACCAGGAGACCUUGACAGUCCUCCUGUGCUUCGCAGCAUCACGUCUGAUGGAUGUGUGUACGAGUUGGAGUGGUACACUGCUACUGCAUGCGUCCUCUCAAAGACAAAGGGAGACCACUGUAAGGUGGACGAUCCUCAAGCUGGGUUUUCCUUUGACCUGUCACCUCUCUCCAAAGCCGACGGCGGCUUCUACAACCUGACCAGUGGAAACUACAAGUACUACAUAAAUGUCUGUGGCGCUGUCAAAGUUGACAAGUGUCCUGAAAAAUCUGGUGCAUGUCAGGUUGAAGCCAGUGCUUGGAGUCUCGGGGAGGCAAACUCCCAGUUGUCCUACUAUGACGGCCUCAUCCAGCUGACCUACAGCAACGGCUCCCAGUACAACAACAAUGAACACACGCGCAGAUCAACCCUCAUCUCCUUCCUCUGUGAUCCAGAGGCUGGUGCUGGAAAGCCUGAAUUUCAGGUUGAGGACAACUAUACAUAUAACUUCCGUUGGUAUACAUCGUAUGCUUGUCCUGAAAGGCCUCAUGAGUGUAUAGUCACAGAUCCCAUCACUUUUGAGCAGUAUGACUUAUCCAGCUUAUCUCGCUCCACCUCGAGUAGAAACUGGCAAGUAAUGGAUCUGUCUGACCCGGCGAACCGGAAGAAGUACUACAUCAACGUUUGUCGUCCCAUCAACCCUGUGACUGGCUGCGAUCGCCAUGCGUCCGUCUGCCAGAUGAAGUACAUAAAUGAUCAGGGUUCUCCGAAGGAAGUAGUAUCAGUCAGUAACAUGGGUCUGUCCAAGCGAGGACCGAUCAUAGAAGAGCGGGACCAGUUGUUGUUGGAGUUCACAGACGGCUCUGUCUGCACGUCAGAUGGCCAAAAUCUCUCCUAUACCACUCACAUCCACCUGGUGUGCUCCAGAGGAACUGUGUCGAGCAGCCCACAGUUCCUCAUGAUGAAGAACUGCACUGCGAGCUUCAGGUGGGAAACCAGGGCAGCCUGUGCCAUCAGAACAACCAAAAACAGCAGCUGUGCUGUGGUCGACCCCAAUACGGGCUUGGAAUUAAACCUGCAGCCUUUGGCUUCAAAGAGCAGAUACAACGUGAGCGGCAACGGCAAAGAGUUCCUGGUGAAUAUCUGCUCAGAUGUGCCAGAAUGCGGGUCCGGCAUGGCCGGCUGUGAGCUGGAAAGCGGGAGUCCCACCAGUGCAGUGGGAGUGGAGCGGAGCCUCCAGUACUCCACAGACGGCCUGCUUCAGCUCAUGUACAAGGGAGCCCUGGACAAGCCCUCAGCAACACGGGACACCUUCACCAUUAACUUCGUGUGUGAUCCAAACUCCCACCCUGGUGUGUUAAAAUUUCUGAACGAGGAGAUGAACACUCUGUCCACGCACGUGGACCACGAUGUCUUGUUCGAGUUCUCCACUGCUCUGGCCUGUCUGCCUGCUCCGGUGGACUGCGAGUUCAGUGACUCUCAUGGUAAUGAGUAUGACCUGAGUCAUCUGAUCCGGAGCGGAGAUGACAGCCCCUGGAUUCCAAUUACUCCGGAUCCGAGCAAACGUUUCAGCUUUUACAUUAAUGUCUGCAAACCGCUUCCCCGAGGAACCAACUGUCCAGUGGGUCCAUUGGGCGCGUGUGGUGAGAUCGAUGGAAAAAAAUUCAACCUGGGAUACAUCCAGUCCACCCCACAGGUAGCAGAGGACGGCACCAUCAGCAUUGUGUACCAGAAUGGAGACCCAUGUGAUUCAUCCCACCACUACUCAACGCGUAUCAUCUUCCUGUGUGAUGAAAACCCAGGUUCCCCUAUGUUCGACCGUAAAGACGGAUGUGAGUUUGUCUUCAUCUGGAGGACCUCUGAAGCCUGUCCCAUCAAGAAGUCCCUAGGUAGAGACUGCCGGGUUCGUGACCCAAGGAGCAGCUAUGAGUUUGAUCUGAGCUCUUUGAAGGGAAAGGAUUUCUCCGUCAAGAAUAACAAGUACACGUACCUUCUGUCAAUCUGUGGGGGACUCCAAAAAGACGUCUGCACCCCCCGUGGCAACGGCUCAGGGUCUGUGGCCUCCUGCCAGGUGGAUGGACAGAACCACAAGACUGCAGGGAUGGCAAACCAGGAUCUAAUUUAUGUGGGAGAGCAGCUCAUCUUAAACUACACCGAUGGAUCAACCUGCCAUAAAAUAUACAAACGAUCCACCGAGAUUUACUUCAGCUGCCACCCUGAGCGGCACCCUGGAAUGCCUGAGUUCAUCAAGGAGACUCCAGAGUGCACCUACCUGUUCAGCUGGCCCACUGCACUGGCCUGCAUCCCAGUCAAAACCACAAGCUGCUCCUACAAUGACGGCCUGGGCCACUCAUACGAUCUCUCCUCGCUGGCCGUGGACUCUCGAAACUGGGUGGCUGAGCUUCCGACUGAAGACACAAGGCAAACAUUUUACAUCAAUGUGUGCAGAUCGCUGGUGCAGCAGAAUGGUUCAUGGAAGUGCCCGUCCAGUGCAGCGGCCUGCGUCAAGCUCAGAGAUGAGUAUGUGAGCUUGGGGCAGGUGACGUCUGGUCCCACAUGGGAUGGAAAUGUCCUCAGCCUGCAGUACAGCAGUGGGCAGGCCUGCCCCGACGGAGAGCGCAACAGGAGCAGCAUCAUCCGCUUCAAGUGCGACAAAGACAAAGGGGACUCCCGGCCGGUUUUCAUCUCAUCUAUUGAGGACUGCGUAUACACGUUUCUGUGGCUAACAGCUGCUGCCUGCCCUCUGAACAGCACUCAGCACGACGACUGCAGGGUCACCAACCCGGCUACAGGUCAUUUGUUUGACCUUAACUCACUGACAAAGGAAGGUGGCUACACGGUGUAUGCGCAGCAGGAAGACAGGAAAAUGUUCCGUAUGAACAUCUGUGGGAGCGUGAGCAACACCGGAUGCAGUCCUGAAACCGCUGUGUGCAUUAAGGACUCCUCCACGGCCACGAGCGGUGGCCAGGUGAGCAGAAAGCUCUCGUACAAGGAUCAUGUUGUGGAGCUGAUGUAUGAAGGAGGAAGCCCCUGCCCAGCAAACCCUGAGCUCAAACACAGCACCAUCAUCCACUUUAUCUGCAGGCCACCUAACAUGCCUUCAGCAGUCGUGGAGCCAGUCCUCAUUGACUCCAAUGCUGACACCUGUACACACACCUUCUCUGUCCACACCACCCUGGUCUGCGAACAGCCUGUGAAGUGUUCAGUCAAGAACGGCUCCUCACUCAUAGACCUGACUCCUCUCAUUCAUAUCAACGGUUACUACACUGCCACAGAUGAGGCAGUGGACCAAAAUAAUGAUUCUCCAGACUUCUACAUCAAUGUCUGCCUGCCUUUAAACCCCAUCCCAGGGGUCACCUGCCCCCCCGGAGCUGCUGUCUGUAUGGAUCCUGAUGACGGACCCCCAGUGGACAUCGGGCGGACUACCAGUGGUCCUGAGCUCAACAGUGCGACAGGUGAGGUGUUCAUCACCUACAGCAGCUCGACUCCGUGCGCAGCUGAUUCUCAGCAGAACUACACGUCAACCAUUAUCUUCACCUGCCAGAGAGGCCUUGAGCUGGGCUCCCCACAAAUGCUAAGGCAGCAGGAAUGUGUCUAUUUGUUUGAAUGGGCCACACCUUUAGUCUGUUCAGAUGCUACCACCACCGAAGGCUGCCAGCUCACCGACUCCCAGCUGCAGUUCACCUUUAACAUGUCAGUCCUCACUGGUGAAGUACAGGUGCCAGGGUCCAGCAACUUCCACAUCAACGUCUGCGGCGCCGUGUCGGAGCCGCUCUGUAAGAAGAGCGCGGUCUGCGAGCUGUCGGGUUCAGCUUCAGAACGAACAGCGUCUUCAUUUGGGAUCACUGGAGCCAUGACCAUGGACUUUAAGCAUGAAGAGCAGGGCGUACUGAUGCAGUACGGAGGGGGAGACCCCUGUCCACCAGUGACGGCUGAGGGUGAUGCAUGCGUGUUCCCCUUCACUUUCAUGGGCAAAUCAUAUACAUCGUGCACAAACGAAGGAAGGACAGAUGGCAAAAAGUGGUGUGCCACCACUGCAAACUAUGACACAGAUGGGAAGUGGGGGUUGUGCAUUACAGGGUCUGGUAAACGUCAGUCCUCCAUCCUUUUCACCUGCGACCACAAUGCAGGUCACGGCCUCCCACAGCUGGUUGCAGAGACCGAACGCUGCUCGGCCACCUUCCAGUGGAAGACCAGUGCAGUUUGUCCCCCAAGGAAGAUGGAGUGUAAGCUGGUCAGCCAGCAUAAGACCUUCGACCUCCGAGGCCUCUCCUCCCUCACAGAGCCAUGGAAGUUAAACCACCAGGGAGAUGCAUAUUACGUCAACCUGUGUCAGGGGAUCCACGGUGGAUUAACAGACUGUCCUGAAGGAGCCACGGUGUGUCGACACACGGCAGAAGGACAGACCCAGACCCUGGGUCGCGUUUACACUCAGAGCAUGGAAUACACCGAUGGGAAGAUCUUUGUCAACUAUUCAGCGGGAGACGACGUCUGUGGAAACGGCCUGAAGGCAAAGACUGUGAUCCAGCUGAGCUGUGGCACCGUGUUCGGACACCCAGCACUGCUCAGGUUUGAUAAGGACGCAUGUGAGUUUGUGUUGGGCUGGGAGACUCGGUCGGCGUGUGCCGUGAAGCCGCAGGAGGUGGAGAUGGUGAACGGGACGGUUCGUGUUCCUGACACCGGAGUCUACCUCAGCCUGGGAGCGCUGUACUUCAGUCACCAUCAAGCUUCUGGAGACAUCCGUCCCAACGGCGACCGCUACAUCUACCACAUCCAGUUGUCUGGCAUCACAAACGACUCCAUUGAUCCCAACUGUGUUGGUGCCAACAUCUGCCAGGUCAAACUCAAUAAUUCCUACAGACGCAAGAUUGGCUCGUCCAACAAAGCCAAGUACUACGUCAAAGGGGGGAACCUGGAUGUGACGGUGCCGUCAGAGUCCAAGUGUGGACGGGAGAAAACCAAGAAAGUGUCGUCCACAAUCAUGUUCCACUGCAGCCCGACGGCUGGAAUCGGCUUCCCUGAGUUCAAGCUGGAGACAGACGAGUGCCAGUACCUGUUUGUGUGGCACACGCAGGCUGUGUGUGGUCUGAUAACUGUUAACACGCAGUCAGACGACGACGGGGACAAAUCUGGGGCUGUGUCCAAUCGGAGCCAUGCGCUGGGGGUGCUGCUCUUCCUCCUGCUGGGGGCCAUCACCUGUCUGCUGGGGCUCUUACUCCACAAAAGGGAGCGGAGGGAGCUCGUCAUGCAGAAAGUUGCUGGUUGUUGUAGGAGAGGAAAUCAAGUCUCCUAUAAAUAUUCUAAGGUCAACAUGGAUGAAGAGGGGGGCGAGGAGGAGAUGGAGUGGCUGAUGGAGGAGCUGGAACCACCUCCCGCCUCCACGUCCUCCCACCGCGGAAAGACCAACGUCGCCAACGGUCACAUCACGACCAAAGCGGUGAACACCGACGGCCUGCGCACCUUCUCCUUGGACGAGCAGGAGGACGACAGCGAGGACGAGGUGCUGAGCGUGCCGGGGGUGCGGGUGCUCAAGUCGUCUGCAGCCUCCAGGCAGGCUGCCGCCCACCGCAGUGCCUUGCUCCAGGAGGAGAGCGACGAGGACCUGGUCGGUCUCCUGGACGAGUGCGACCGGAGGAGGAAGAGCAGCAAACCUCGCUCCUCGGGCCUGAGCCACGCUAACAGCAGGGCCGCCAACAGGAAGCGGGACGAGGACGACAGUGACGAGGACCUGCUCCGGGUGUGACGCACCUCCUCCUCUGUGAGCCUCCAUCCAGUCUGAACUCUUCUCUCUCAGUGAAUGUCUCCAAAACAGCAACAAGAGCGAAGCACCUGCAGCGUUUUGAAACCUUUGGUUUUUACUCGGCCUCCACUGACUCUGUCCUCUUCACUGUCCACAGACUGUCGACUCAGCUUCUUUUUAUUUAUUGACAAGUGAUUUAUUUAAAUUGUUCCUUUGGCCAUUUGGACUUAUUUCCUCUGAACUCUUGCCACAUUUAUCUAGUAACGACCUAACAGGCCUGUUGAGACUCCAGAAAUCAGCCAAAGAAGCACACGGAGCAUCUACAUGAUGCAGCUGAAACUGAAAUGAAGUCUGUUCUUCUUCUAGUCCUUUGGAAAGAAGCUGUGCCAUUACUGUAGCACUUUAUUUUACCCUGUUUUAACUGUUUCUUUGCAGACUGAAAAUUUGAAACUACUUGGAGGUUGAUUUGUCGUUUAGUUCUAAUGGGCCUUUUAGGACUGUAUUUGAUAACUGUGGUGAAAUGUGCAGUUUGAAGAGAAUUGGUUGUUGCCAUGAGGCGGUGAAGUGUGAGCUCCUGUUUCUAAAGGGAAUGAAGACACUGAUUUGUCUUUUGUUGCUGUUUACAGUUGCUAUAAUAGCAGCUCUUCUUUCUUUCCUCUCAAAGGAAGCGUGAUGCCUUUUCCCAUGAUGCAUUUAGCAUUUAAUCCAUGAAUCACGUCCAGCGACACAUUGACCUGUUUGUCUUGUUUUAAUCAGACACUGUACAGAUGAUGAUGAUGAUGAUGAUGAUCUAUAACAUGGACGUUCUGUUGGUUGACGUUUCCACCGGUGAAUUUGUUUUUAUGAUUAUUUAAAUGUCCGUACGCAUGUCGGCCUUAAAGGGGAACGUGGGCGUUCAGACUUGAUGCUAGUUCGGGCGGCCUGGUUUUGAAGUUCCCUCCCUGCCUCCAAAGCCAUAUCGCUUCGGCCACAGGUACUGGAAGUGAAUAAUAAUCUGUCCACGUGUUAUUGGCUCCGUUUUGUUUUUCAGGUGUGAUUGUUGCAGUGUAGGAAGAGUCCGGAUGAGUUGGUGCAGAAACCAAACCGUUUUCAGCCAAAUGCACGAAGUGAAGGUUGCAGGCAGCUCUAGAGCCAAGGAAGAGGUGUUUAGGUAACAAGGUGCCAUCCCAUAAUAAUUAAUUUGGUAGAAAAAAAAAUCAUAAGCUGAACUAGGACUUGCUGGUACCGACUGAGCUGCAGGACGGUGGACGUUGGGUGUGAAGAUUGGAUUCCAGUGAGUUGUAGAUGAGGGAAACGGGCAGUUAGAAGCUGGGAAAGGAUGUUUGGACUCAACCAAGAGCUGAGGAUUCUCCAGUCAAACUAGAAUGAACAAUCGAGUGACUCAUUAAUCCACUUCACGCUGAGGGUGAAUGAACAAGCUUGGGAAAAGCUCCUUAUGUAACAAAGUCUGCUGGAUGGAAGGUGGCUUCACUUUGAAUCGCUUCAGAUCAUAUGAAAUGUCACAAACUGGCCUUUGCUUUGGAAACAUCAGUAUUUUUAGAUGAGUUUGGGUCGUGCUAUUAAACGCUGACGUCUAAUAAGGGAAGGAGGAAACAUCUUCUGCUCUUCAGCAGCUGCAGCUUGAUUCAAACUGCAAAACUCAUUUUUUCUCUUUGCACUAAAAUCUCUUAUUGUUAAGUUCAGGUUUUAAUUUAUUUUCACGUAUCAGAACAACCGUCUCAUUCUAAAGUAACAGAAGGAAGUGUGUUCCUCGUGUGUUCUGGUUGAGGACGUUAACGUUGGGGUGGUGGCUUCCAAAGAAGCGUUAAAUGAUCAGAAUGAGCUUUUUGAGUACUUUUAAAUUGUGAUCUCAUCUGCAUGUUCCGACUCCACCUGUAGAGAAAGAUGAGCCCUUUGCUUCCUGUUUGCUUCACAACCAGGUGUAGAAUGAUUCAACUGUAGAUCUGAGUUUAUGGGUGAGAAACUGAGCACAAGAACCUGUGAUUCUUUGGGACGAGGGGAGAUCAUGGUUUUGUUUUAGUUGGUGUAUGUUCUGUUGUCUGAUGAUGUUUUUCAGCUCUUUGCCUGUUUUCCUAUUUAAAAAGACCUUGGUGUAAAAAAAAAAAAAUACUGCAUUAUUUGAAUAAAUAAGAGAUUCGC